AUGAUUCGCCAUACGACGACUCCUUUUUCUUCAGCACAGAAGCUGCUGGCGGCCUCGAGAUGCUUGCGCGACCCGUCAUCUUCUCGAUCCGUUUCCACAACGCCCUUGCGAGCUUGGGAUGCAGAGCGAGUCCGCGGUUCCACAAAAGACGGAAACAGCGAAUAUUACAAGAAACGUUUGUCAGCCAGGGAUACGUCGCCAGAAGGGAUACCACCGAAGGCCAGGUCGCGUCAUCUACAGAACGACGGCAGUCAGCCGGUCAUCAGAAAUCCGAAAUACUAUGGACGACUCCGUCCAGCUGAUGUGUCGAAGCGGAUACAUAGAUUUUGUGCUGGAGGGCGUUUUCCUGAUGCCGUUGAGAUGGUGAAAAAUCUCCCUGCCGAUGCACAGAACACAGUCGUAUGGAAUACCCUUAUUGACAAAGCAUUCGAGAACAAACGCUAUAAUGUUGCAUACAAGUUAUUUACCGACAUGAAGCGUCGCGGGUUUCGUCCUGAUAUCCGGACCUUCUACACAAUGUUCGGCGGAUAUAUGUCCGUGAAAGAUUGGUCGCGGUAUACGCUACAGUUGCAGAAUGUGCACAGCCUCUUCGAAGAGUAUCAAGUGUAUAUUGAGGAGACGAGACAGCACAGUCCUCAUGGUGGACACAUAUCGGUUGCGCCCAUCAAUGCGUACAUCAUGAUUCUCUCCAACGUUGGGGAUUACCAGAAGAUGAUGGACGUCUACUCCGAAAUGGAGGAGGCGGGCCCUCUAGCACCAAACCACUACACCUUCGCCAACCUGUUCAAUGCUAUCGCGGAAAAGAAGCGGACAUCCUCUGCUCCGGAGGAUGUCCGAGCACAGCGGGCAAAGAAUGCUUCGGAAGUCAAGUUGCUCUGGCGGCAAAUGAUCAGAGUCUCAGAGAGCAACCCAGCUUUCGAGAUCGAUUCUCACGUCAUUGAGGGUGCACUCAAGGCCCUAAAGCUAGGCAGUCCCACCGACCAUUUGUUCGCAUUCGAUAUCAUCCGCGAGUAUCUCGGCCUCGCUAAAUUCGGUGAGGCCCCUGUUCCCGUCAAGGUGGAGAUGACACCCCACGUUUUCGUGCAAGCGCUCUCGUUGUGCAAUACAUCUGGAAAAUAUCGACUCGCCCCACACUUCUUCCGGCAGGUUGCCGACCGACAAAGACGGGGCGAGGAGCCUGUCAUCGGUCGUUCGCACGUGGAAAAGGUCAUCGAAGCGCAUGCGGGGCUUGGGAUGACCAUAAACGGAGAAUCCUCGAUUCGGGCGCUGGAGGUACUUGAAUGGCUGCUGAAGGAAUCAGCAUUGCAGCCCGACUCUGAACGCUUACGACCCAAAUUGAAAACGUUCACACUGGUCCUGGCCACUUGUUGGCGAGACGGCGACUGGACAACUGCGACGCGGACAUUCGAACUCAUGACAGGUUACGAUGCUGAAGACUUCGCGGACGAGGGAGAAGUUAGCCGAAACGAAACACUUCGCCCGCAGGAGAGAUCAGAGGGAAGAAUAUUCGAACCGGACACGGCAGCGAUGUCCCAUAUCGUGCGGACAGCUCUGGCUUCCGGAGAUGCGCGUAACAUGCGCCAAUGCUUGCGGAUAGUCGAUUAUUUCAAACCCGAUCGUUUCCUUGGACAUCGGCACCCUGAAGAGGAGCAUGAGCCUCAGGAUCAGAAUCAUGACUUCUAUGCUGCCAAAUUGGUGAAGGAUCUGUUAGAGAUCACAGACACCGUUGUACCGAAGGGCAACAAGAGCGAUCGCAGCGAUGAAGAGCAGCGAUGGCAAGAAAUCCGCAAAUUAGCGGAGAGUUAUACCUUCCCACCUUCCUCCAAUGCUCCGCAAGUGCCAUUCUACGAAAGAAAUCCAUUGGGUAGCGAACGUAGUCUAGCUGCCAUAGAUCAUCAGGUAAAACAAGACAUGGACUCGAGGCGGAUGUUGAUACGAAAAUCGAGCCGAUAG